CAAAAGCCUACGGUCGUCUGUAGCUUGUCUGAUCUUCUUCUCCUCUUCGUAGACCUGACAGGAAGUUUCAGUCAGCAGAAUACUACCCGCCACAUAAAUUAUCACGUUUUUUUCAGCAGCAAGAAUUUGUCUUUUUCAAAACAUCAAAAUUGCCCAGGAAAAUUACGCGCUUAACAAGGCGACGGCGGCUGAAUUUCCCCAUUUACCUUAUUUUUUCUCAUUUUAGUUGCUCCAAUUGAAGAUUUUUAAGAAAGAAAGAUCGAUUUUUUUUCCUGAUAAAUGUCGAGCAAUUGUUGUUUUUGUCGCGGGCUCACGAGCCUAAAUCCGGUGAAGUUUUUCGUGUGGCCGAGAAAGGUGGAGUUGAGGAGGCAAACGAGGUUUGGGUUAAGGGCUUCAAUGGUGGAGUCUUAUGGGAGCUCCAAUUUCGCCAAUCGCAUGGAGCGAGCUUGGUUAAUCUCUCAGCAACCGAGGCCCAUUGCUUGUUCUUCGUGCGACGCAAAGGGGCACGUCGACUGUAAGUGGUGCAAUGGAACCGGCUUUUUCAUCAUUGGUGAUAACAUGUUGUGCCAGGUCCCUUCUAGAAACACCACGUGCGUUAUAUGCUCGGGAAAGGGUUCUGCUUGUUGUUCGGAUUGCAAAGGAACCGGUUAUCGUGCAAAGUGGCUUGAAGAGCCCCCAAUUACCGAGUAGCCGUAUUCUACAUUCUCGUCAUGCGACUAAAUCGGCCCGCGCCAAAUUUGGAUUUUGUUCAUGGCUUUGUUUUUUUUUUUUUUCUCUCUAUUUUGGAAUUGGGUUUCAUUUGCUGGCUUGGCUGUGCUACUGAUGUAACAACAAUGUCUUACUGUCAAGAAAGGAUGAUUUGUAAUUUAUUAUUGUAACUGUAAUUAACUGAAUAGUUUCUCUCAUUUUAUUUUAUUUAUUUUAUUUUUCUUUUAUUUUUUUGUUUG